AUAAUCAUAAAUAUCCUUUUUUGUAGAUACCUUUGGCUAUAAUCCAACCAGAUGUACCGCGUUAAUCCGCUGUGAUUGGUGGAAGUCGCUAACACGUGAUUUGUGCUGAGUCAACGCGAGAUGUUCCUUACGUCACUUUUAGCGCGUAGUUUGUUGUUGGCGGAAAAGGUUCUGCUUAGAGCUUAACAAUGUAUUUUAUUUGGCCGCAGCCUGAAAGGGGUAUACAUGUUUAAUAUUUUAUUUUAGUUUUAACUAGUAUGGCGAGUAUAUAAGAAUUUAAAUUUGGAAAAUAUUGUACUUUGGAAUCAACUAAAGCGAUGGAGCUGUCUUCUAUCUCCGCUGAAGACAUAAGCACAGAUGGGUGCAUCAUCAAGUCUGACAGGACUAAGAGGAUAAACAAAGUCUCAAGGGAUGUGGAGGUGGAUAUUGAGCUCCUCUACAAAGCUGUUCCUCAGCUGGCCAAGGUUUUCCACAUCAUAGACAAAAUAGGAGAAGGUACAUUCAGCUCAGUGUAUUUGGGUGAGGCACGGAUGCGGGAUGGUAGGAAAGAGAUGUUUGCACUGAAGCACCUCAUCCCAACAAGCCACCCUACACGCAUAGCUGCUGAACUUCAAUGUCUAACUGUGGCAGGAGGCAGAGAAAAUGUGAUGGGGGUGACCUACUGCUUCAGGAGAGAGGACCAUGUGGUGAUUGUGAUGCCUUACAUGGAGCAUCAAGCUAUUGUGGAUAUCAUUGGUUCAUUAAGUUUUGAAGAGGUGCGUCUGUACAUCUACCACCUGCUAAAAGCCCUAAAACACAUCCACCAGUUUGGUAUCAUUCAUCGAGACAUCAAACCAAACAAUUUCCUCUAUAACAGACACAGUCAAAUGUAUGCGCUGGUGGACUUCGGCCUAGCUCAGGGCACAGCAGACACCCAACUAAAGCUUCUGAAGGUGGUGAGACAGAGCCCGCCACAGAAAGGUGGAGGGUCCACAGGAAAACAAGAAGCCGCACAGCGAAGCAAAGCACCACCCAAACUUCCUCUAAAAACCACCAACACACCCUCAACUUCGCCACCUCUGCCUCAGCAACAAUCACUGCCACCUUCCUCCUCCUCUUCCUCCAACAUCACCACAUCCUCCUUAGCCUCUCAGAAAGCACCUGUUAAAAAAGCACGUGCUGUCACCAUCACCACCUCCUUGCGCACAAAACACACAAAGGAUCUAACAGGACUGCGAAAAGUUCCACGUCCAGUGUUUGGAGAGAGAAAUCUGAACAGCUAUGCCCCGUCUGCCUCCAGCACCAAGCAAGCUGCAAGUAAAGCAGAACUGGAAAAGCCAAAUAAAGUAAAGGAUCAGUCCAAACGGAGGCACUCUUCUGCCACCUGGGGCCCGCUACCUGUCAGGAGCCAGAGCUGCAGUCAGAAAGCUCAGAGGUCCGUACAACAAGGUCUCACGUGUAACUGCUACCUUACUGAUCGUGUCUGCAACAUCUGCAUGGCCAGAAAGCAGCAGGUGGCUCCCAGGGCGGGAACUCCAGGUUUUAGAGCGCCUGAGGUGCUCACAAAGUGUCCCAACCAAGGCACAGCCAUAGACGUGUGGUCAGCUGGUGUAAUCCUGCUCUCGCUUCUAAGUGGCCGUUAUCCGUUUUUUAAAGCCAGUGAUGACCUGAUUGCUCUCACUCAGAUCAUGACCAUACGAGGCUCCAAAGAGACCAUCCAGGCAGCUAAAAAAUUUGGUAAAGCAGUCGUGUGCAGUCGAGAACUUCCUCGCCAGGACCUUAGGACGCUCUGUGAGACACUGAGAGGAAUAAAUCCUCCAAAUAACAAAGUCACACCAGUUCCAGUAGCCGGUGGAGACAUAGACCGUUGCACGAUCCAAGACUAUGCGCCCACAACUCGACCAGCAGCUGCCAAACACGGGCUACUCAAAGAUGGGGUGGGCAAAACUCUCCCAAACCACCCGGAAGACUUAAGCAGCAACAAAAGAAAAUGCAGCUCACUGACAGAUGGGUUGGGCUGGGACAGAGUUCCUGACGAGGCCUACGACCUGCUGGAUCAGCUGCUGGACCUGAACCCGUUCACCAGGAUCACAGCUGAUCAAGCGCUGCAGCAUGCGCUUUUCAGAGACCUGUGAAAGUGGUGUGUGCGUGACGAGGCCUUUUAUGUUGGCAGGGUGUACCUGUGGCUCCUCAGGUGGUGGUUUGGAUUUUAAUCUAAAUGUUCAUGCAGAGGUUUCAGUUCCCAGCUGGUCACAGUUAUUUUCAUGGCAGCUUUGGUCCAGACUGAAGAACCGUAAAGACGCCUCAUUAUCACAGUGUGAACUGACUGAAAGGGUUUUAAAUGGUUGUACAUGAACUCCUGCGCUGUCUGAGCUGUAUUUAUAAACCGUAGACUGCCUUUUUUUUUUUUUUUUUAAUACUUUUGAUAAUAAAUGCAAAAAAAGUG